CAUCGUCGCCUCAAGACCGAAGGACCUCGUUCACUUCUCCUACCCGUGUCACAUACUUAUUCCAGGUGGCGACGAACAAACCCGAUGCGUGUGUCAAAACAUCGACUGGCUGUGGACGACACUGCCUCUCACCGGCAAGGCUGACGCGCCAGCUCUUCCUGGGCGGGUAGGCUCCAACAUAUCCGGAACUGCAUCACAUACAAAUGCAAUGGAGAGGCCAAUGUAUGGUUACGGACAGAUUCCGUUGCCCGAGCAAGGAGUUUCUCUCUCGCCAUUGCCUGUCCAGCUAAAGCAGGGACUCCUCGCCUCAGCUAUCCUUGCUGGGCUUUCGAUCGCCUCGGCCACAUGGCUGUUUCUCUACCUCACCUGGAGGAUCGUCAAGUGGAAGUUCUUUCCCAGGAGGAGACCACGGCCAACUCCAGAUGAUCGGUUCAACGUCGACCUCUCGCUGGGCUUGUCUGAAGAGCAUUACCGGCAGUACAUCCAGUCCACACAGGCCAGUAGAGGUGGUCGCACGGCACCUCUCCGGAGGCUCUCGUCGGGGACUGUCAUCACGACAAAGACGGCUGUCACAACUGCCGAGGCAGCCUCUGUCCUCGAAGACGAGCAUUCGAAUCCCAUCAUCAUUCUCAUCUACCACUUGCUCCUUGCCGACGUUCAGCAGUCUGCCGCCUUUGUCAUCAGUGCUUACUGGCUACAGUACGACGGCAUAUACGUGCCGUCGGUGCCGUGCUAUGCCCAGGGCUGGCUUCUGGGUGUGGCCAAGCUUGCUGCCGCCGGCUUUCUUUCCAUCAUUAGUAUCAACACCUAUUUGGCUCUUGUAUGGGGCUACAAGGCUUCACGCAGGUCGAUAUACAUUGCGAUUGCGCUUAAUUGGGUCUUUUCGUACGGAUGUACAUUGGGCGGGGUCCUGGGCACCAAGACUGGUCUGGCUCAGGGCGGCUACUACACUCGAGCAGGUGCAUGGUGUUGGAUCAACCCUCGAUACGAGUCUCUUCGGCUUUGGCUUGAAUACUUCUGGAUAUUCCUUGCCAUGGGAUUAACGACCGUUCUACAUGGUCUUGUCUUGUGGUCUUUGUGGAGGAACAGACACUCGGCUCGUUUCUUACCCCGUCAAGCAUCCUGUCGGGCCUCCAUAGCGACCAUGGCAGGUUGCCUCAAGAUUUUCCGCCGCGUCGAAAAGGUCGAGUCACAGGCAGAGGAACUCGGACGUCCGUCAGGCCAUCAUCCCGCUUUCCUGCUGUACCCUCUUGUUUAUGUCGUGUGUGUUGCACCCUUGGCAAUCGCAAGGUGUGUGGACAUGUCUCGAGGUUCCGGGAGUGUAAACCCCGGGUACUAUAUGGUCGCAGGGGCUCUGCUCGCUUGCCAUGGCUGGUUGAAUGUGCUCCUCUGGACCACCACCGUCAUCUUUGUCAGUCCGAGUGAUGCCAAAGAGACAGGACUGGACAGGUUUGCGUUCAUGAGAACACCGCACGAGAGGCGCUUUGGCAACAUGAUAUGGGUUGAGGGCGGCACGAGCGCAAGUGAAACCCCUGGAGGUGGUCCUCCUCCGACAGUGAUCGCUCGAAUGAGGGCUUGGCGGAUGCAGCGCCUGCCUUUCUUUCGGUCUGGACGCAGCGAUAUUCCGCGACACGGUCGUCCCUCGAGAUCUUUCCGUAACAGUCUAGCCGCCAGCGGGUAUCCGGGCCCAAACAGCAUCAGCCAAGAGUCACUCCAACGUAGUGUAAGAGGUGAGCAGGAAGUCGCAUCGAUGCCGGAAGGGACACUUGGAGGGAUCCAAAUGGAGGUCGUAACGACCAUUGUGGUCGAACGGGAGGAGGACGUAGGGUUCGGCCACGCCGACUUCUUGGGUUUCCCGCAUGAAGCUCCAGCACGGUCGGUGCAUACCACUUCACAAAAGGCGUCACUGGAAGGAUAUGAUGACUGGCGAACAUAAACACGGGAAACCUAGCAACAUUGGGAAAAUGAUCAUCAACUUGGGCGCAGGCAAAGAUA